AUGAGGCGACCGGGGCGGGCCUCAGUUCAAACCUGCCGCCCAAACAAUGAGGCGCUCCCGGCUGUAGUACGGAAGGGGCUCGGGUCCCGGCAAACAUUGAUGGAAGACCCCGGAAUGGAGAGCCCAUCGCUUAGGCGGAGACGGAGCCAACAUGAACGGAUUGCCCUCCGAUUGGAGGAAGCCCUUGCCUACUUCAAGCGUAUCACUUCCAGAGUCCCAGCAAAAGGAAACGUUGCUCUGCAGCAGCAUCUCACCACGAUAGAGGCCGUUGGAUUAUCCGAAGGGGUUCCAGCCGAAGCCAUUGACGUUCUCCUCAAGCUGGCUCUGAGUGGCAACCUUGUGGACAAGGUGAACACGCACAUCCUGAAGAGUCUCGUGCCCGCCGCUGACAUUUUUGAAAGCACUUUGAUUUCCGCCCUGUCUCUGUUUUGUACUGGAAAAUCCUCCACACAAACUCAGAUCCUGUUUCUUCGAUGGUUGAUCUCUGUGUUUGAUCUCGUUUCCCUCAAAGAGGUUUUCUCUCCUCUCUACAAUUUCUUUUUCUGUUUGCUGCAAGAUGACACGUUGUGUCCAUCUUUAUGUCAUUUGCUGUAUCUGCUAACUGACAAAGGACAAGUUCGUGCCUACAGAGUCCGUGUUCUCCUGGAUCUGCAGAGCAGGAAGGGAAUGCAGGCACACAUCCUUGGUCUUCUCUCCCUGUACAAGGUUUACUGCCCUGAACUGGUCUCUGUCAGUUUACCGAGCAGAUAUAAGAGGUUUUUCCAGAAAUCAACAUUUCUGUUUGCCAACGAGUGGAAAACUGUUUUGAGGAAAAAAACGGGAGAUCCGGACUGUGAUCGCAAACUGACGCAGUCUCAUAAAAGAAAGUGGAACAGAGGCUUUGAUGUCCCCGUGUGCAGUGUCGGCGUUCACAAGGAUUCUCCUAAAGAUUUGGAAGCGUCUUUAUUUUUGCCAUUGGAAAAAGUGAAGACUUUUGCUGAGCUAUUAGAAAAUAUCCUGAAUUGCAAUCUCCCUGCUCAGAUGGGCUGUGUACUGAAUCGGCCGUUGCUGCUGAACUACAUCAACUGCCUUAAAGAGGACGAUGCGUUGCUGAGGCUGAACUACUGGCUGGCAUUUACUUUGCAUGAAGAAUGUGCCUGGUACACUGGGAAAAAGCAGUCUAAAGAAGACGUAGCCUCCUUUCUAGAUACUGUUGUGACCGCUCAAGAAUUUCUACAGGAAGGACUUUCAGGGAGUGAAGAAUUCCUUCACAAGUGCCUUCCACAUUGGAAUGGCUGUCACCGCUCCCAGAUAUUGUGUCUAAUUAGCCAGAUUCCUCUUCACGCCUUUUCAGAAAUUGAAAGCCUUCUGUAUGAAACACUGACACAACUCUUCAUCCCGUCAUCUCUGUGGUUUAAACUUGAUGUGCUGAAGAGUCUGAGGGAACUGCUGCAGAACUGGAUGAUCAGGCAUUCGGUCUACGUGGAAAAUGUUGAAAAUGAAAAUGAUACCAUGACGGGCAUGAUGUCUUCAGUUGAAAAUAUGAUCCAAUUUACUGGCCGUUUAUGUACUGUGGGCUUGCAGAUGCAUAACAGUUCUCUCCUCCUCCAUUCCGUCCUGGACUUCUAUACAUUGGUUUCUGAUUUAUAUGUUCGUUUUUCAUUACCACUAAUCGUCCUUCCUCCCGGCGGAGUGUUCUAUCCGGCUCUUGUUUGUAAAGACUGCGUGAAUCUUAACCAGCUCUGCUACAUAAUGUGCAGGUACAGAGACAAUCUCCUGAAAGCAAGAAAAGAUGAGAAAGAGAACACUGCCCGCGUCCUUUUAAACAUCAAUAGCCAGACGUUUAAACUGUAUAAUCAAUACCUUACCGCCAUGGUGGGAUGCCUUUGGACGUCGCAAGCCUUUAGCCUGGACUCCCAUCCGCAAGGAAUCAAGAUGACACCAGAGGUCCUCGAAAGGGCCGGCGUUUCAUCCUACAAGAGGGCGUUCAACAUUGUAUUCCACCCGGCAUUGAUGGCUUUCUCCUUCUCAUUUCUACAGCAGAAUCUUUCUGAAGAUGAUAUAUUUAGCCUCCGCCACCUUAAGGGGCAUCGGUGGGAUAACUACACAGAGUUUCUCUCCAGCCAAGGCAUGACCGAUUUAACUCUGUUUUUAGAGGCCAGCGUCAAUCGUGUGGCCUCCAAGAAGAAGGAUACCACUGAUGAGUCUGGAUCUUAAGAGGUGUUCUAUGGUUAGGGUCUACAGCAGGGUUGGGCAACCUCCGGCUCUCCAGCUGUGAUACUAC